AUUUAAAUAUGGUCGUCUGGAGGGGUUGAACACUGAACAGUGAUGGAUGGAUUAAAAUGUUUUUCCUGUUUCUCGUCAGAAGAUGCAAAAAAAUCUAGGGAAAGGACCAAAUCAAUAGACAGACAGCUGUCUUUGGAACGUCAGAGACAGAGGGCCACUGUAAAAAUUCUUCUGCUAGGGGCCGGCGAGAGUGGCAAAAGCACAUUUAUCAAACAGAUGAGGAUCAUAAAUGGUAAAAAAUUCACCGAGGAUGAAUUGAAAAUGUACAAAUAUAUUGUCUACAGCAACAUUGUGAUGGGCAUGAAAGUCUUAAUUGAUGCCACUUUAAAGUUAAAUUUGGGUUUUGAGAAAGAGAAUAGUAUGAAGAAUGCCAACCUGGUGUUUAGUUUUGAUCCUAACAUUAACCUGGAAGAGCCAGUCUUCCAGCAGUAUGUUCAGGCAAUUGGGGAAUUGUGGGAGGAUGCCGGAGUCCAGGCUGCUUAUUCAAGGAGGAGGGAAUUUCUUCUGGGAGAUUCAACAAAAUAUUUCAUGGACAACUUGGCAAGAAUAUCACAAAUGAACUACAAACCAACGAAUUCAGAUAUAUUGUACUCGAGGAAAGCAACGAAGGGCGUAAACGAGCAUCGGAUUGACAUCAACAAUGUUCAUUUCAAUUUCAUCGAUGUCGGAGGUCAAAGGUCACAGAGAGGGAAAUGGUUCAACUGCUUUGAGGAAGUCACGUCCAUUUUGUUUUUAGUCUCUUCAAGUGAGUUCGACCAGAACAUAUACGAAGACCGCAAAACCAAUCGACUUACCGAAUCUUGCAACAUAUUUCGUUUCAUAGCGACUCACAGGCUAAUGCUGCAGAUUUCCAUCAUACUCUUCCUCAAUAAGACAGACCUCCUACACGAAAAGGUCAGGACCUCUGACAUUUCCACCAUCUUCCCGACCUUCGUUGGCGACCCGAGGUCAGUGCAAGACGUCCAGAAGUUUCUUCUAGAGAAUUUUACAGUGUUAGUGAAGGAUCGACCGAAGCCACUCUACCACCAUUUCACCACGGCUGUCGACACAGAAAAUAUAAAGCACGUUUUUAAAGACGUUCGAAAGACCAUCCUCUCCAAUAAUCUCGACAAUCUCCUUCUACAAUGACUUCUUCUCCUCUUUUCUAACUUUUUUUCUUCUCAAAAAAAAUGUUUUUUAAUCAUUUUUUAUAUUUUGUUUCGUUUUAUUUGUAAAAGUUUUUUUUUUAAAAUUUGUCUUGUAUUUAUAAAUAUAUAUAUAAAUAAGUCUGUAUAUUCUUUGAAUAUUUUUAUAUUUAUGUGUAUAUAUGUGUAUAUAUAUUGUGUAUAUAUCUAUAUAUACAUUAAUAUGUAAUAUAUAUAUAUAAUUUUUAUAUAUAGCUAGAGAGAAAGAGAGAGAGAAUGAAUGAAUAUUUAUGAAGUACAAUUUACCUGUCAGAUGAUCUUUACUCCAUAUUUAUAAGGUGCAACACAUGUGGGGAAGGUUUUUAUGAUUGAUUAUCUAUCUUACCGUAUGUGUGUAUGUACAUACAUACAUGUGUGUAUGUAUGUAUAUGUGCUAUGCGUUUAUAGUUUUUCUUAAAAUUUUCAUACAAUCAUCUGCAUUCCACCUCACUUGAUUACCAGUGUUUUUGGCUGACUCGUUCUAAGUAUUUUACAGAAAGUAAUUUUCUUUCUGUUGCUACAAACGUAUAAAUUUGCAUAUACAUUCUUUUUCUCAAAUUCUCAAGAGCAGGCAUAACCCAUAAUCGUAUCGUAUCGUAUC